AGCCAAUGGGGAUAUGGCAAGGCAGCAGUCUUCUACCGCUACACACCCACAUUACUUUUGUGUCAACCACUUCGCGGGAGUUAUCACAACAGGAGCGGUCAUCUCUUUAAAACUAGACAACACUAUACGAGAGACUAGACAACCAUGUCUGACAGAAAGGCAGUGAUAAAAAAUGCCGACAUGUCGGAGGACAUGCAGCAGGACGCCGUGGAGUGUGCCACUCAGGCCCUGGAGAAGUACAACAUCGAGAAAGAUAUCGCUGCAUACAUCAAGAAGGAGUUUGACAAGAAAUACAACCCAACCUGGCACUGCAUCGUUGGGAGGAACUUUGGCAGCUACGUGACCCAUGAGACCAAGCAUUUCAUUUACUUCUACUUGGGUCAAGUCGCCAUCCUGCUGUUCAAGUCGGGCUGAGAGAAGCAUUUUCUCUAAAUCAGCUGACCAUACAUACAGUACUGACUGAUUCGACAAAGGCACUUAUCAUUCCUUGGCAAGGGGCCGCUGCCUUUUUCUGUGCUGCUUUCUACUUUGUUCUGUUUUUGAGGAUAAAAAAAACGUGGCCAUGUUAAAGAGAUGAAACUUGUAUUUAUUUUUGUCUUGUUACAUUAGACAUGUCAUUUUUUUUAUUAAAGUGUAGCUGUUAAGCUGUCUGGGUCCAA